AUGCCCGUAACAGACCCCCUAUUGACGGGAGGACCCUCUACAACAACUAGGCAAUCGAGUAAACGCUCUGCUCAAGCCCAGUUUGUGAGGAAUAUGCAGGAGUUUUUGGAUACCCAUGAGGCACAAAUGAGGUAUCUUGGUGCAGCUGGACAGGCCGUUUGGCAGCAGCUACAAAACCUCCAGGAACAAGUCCAAGGGAGUGGGCAAAUCCUGGACAAGAAGGUGCGACAAGAAGCCAUUGCCCAAAAACAACAUCUGGAAUCGCUCUUUGAACUCGUCUCCAGUGUCCAACAAGUACAUGAAGCCGCACGAGCCGCCGACCACAAGGUUCUGGAGCAAAGUCAUCUGCAAACCCAGAACCAGUUACAGGAGGCGGAGCGACAACUAAGGAUGGUAAGAGAAGAGCGAGAGCAGGAAAAAGGGGAGCAACGAGCUUGGUUUGCGGAAUUCAAGCGGUCCGAUGCGGAAAGAAACCAACGGAUAGCCGAGAUGGAGGAACUACU